AUGUCUCCGAAAACGAAAGCAAAGAUUGUCAAAGACGUUACGCAACUAGUCCUCGCCCGACGAACAAGGAUGUGUAACGUUCUAGAAUACAAAGAUUCCAAGGUUGUCUAUCGCCGAUAUGCUUCUCUUUUCUUCGUGACCGGAAUCGGGCCACAUGAUAACGAACUAGUGACGCUUGAGAUCAUCCACAGAUACGUCGAAGUACUUGACCGUUAUUUCGGAAACGUCUGCGAAUUAGAUCUGAUUUUCAACUUCCAACGGGCAUACGCUAUUCUAGACGAACUUAUCAUCGCUGGGGAGCUCCAAGAAUCAUCCAAGAAAUCGAUCCUUAGGGCCAUUGGUCAAUCCGAUUCGAUCGAGGAAGCGGAGGCAUCUGAAGAAGGAAGUCUUGCCAAAAUUGCCUCGGGUAGAUAA